CAAUUCGACAUUUCGAGAAAAUGAAAUAGAAAAAAUAUUGAUGCCUGCUGGUUUAACUCAUCUCAUUCACUGACUGAAAAGCUCCAGCACCUCUCAUAGGUCUCUACACAUUCAUCAACCAUCAUCAAUCAGCCUCACUUAUACACAUGGGUAUUCACUAUCAAUUAAUAUCAACAUCAACAAAAAUGCCGGCAGAAAAUAGCACAAAAACCUCAUCUCGGCUCAGACCAGGAGAAUUCCCGCCACUGAUAACCAUUCCUCCACUUUCUUUACCUCAUAAGCUCACCAUCAUCAUCCUUCAUGGCCGUGGCUUCAACGCAGAGAAGUUUCACGCACCACUUCUUGCAUCUCCUUCUCUCGACCCAUCAAUAUCAUUUCGUCAAUCUCUUGCUCAUGCUCGCUUCGUCUUCCCGACCGCGCCUCUUGCUCGGGCGACCAAGUAUCGCCGGUCACUCAUUCAUCAAUGGUAUGAAGGAACUGGUGAUUGGGAGCCCAAGGCGCGGGGGAAUAUGCGACCAAGUAUCGAGUACAUCCAUAAGUCAUUGCAAGAUGAGAUAGCAAGGCUGGGCGAAGAUGCAGGGAAAGUAGUAUUAAUGGGGUUCAGUCAAGGCGGUGCAAUGGCGUUGAUGAGUUGGUUGCUUUGGGAGGGCCAGAGUCUGGGUGCUGUGGUUGUAAUGAGUGGUUUCAUGCCUUUGGCUGAGAGUCUAAUGGUGGAAGAUACAGGAGACGACAUAUCGGAAGACGGAUUGUUCGAAAGGGAUAGUGAAGAGGAAGCAACAAGUCCACUGCAGAGGGCAAUCGACGAGCUUCGUGAAGAGGCAGAGCUUGAUCCUGCACCACCAAUGACAUCUUUCCCUUUCCUGAAAACUCCUGUGUUUAUGGGACACGGUAAAAAAGACGAGGAUGUUGAGUAUUGUCACGGACUAAGUGCCGUCAAAUGCUUGGAGCGCAUGGGAGUAAGUGUCAAGUUAAAGACUUACACAGACUUGGCACAUUGGUACUGUCCUGAAGAACUAGGAGACAUAACACAAUUUAUAAAUCAACAGCUAGGAUUAUAACCAAUCA